CGAAAUGAUUGGAAGUUCUAAAUAGCAAAUCCAGAAAAAGGAUUCAAAGCCCUAAAUUUGAAAUGGUUGCACAGCCGCCCUUCUCAAAUCAUCUCGGACUCUCAAUCGACUCCUUCACAACGGCUAAUCAUUAUUAGCAAACAAAAUUUCAGAGAAGAUCUCUACUUCAAAUUUCUCUGAAACCAUCGGACUUUUCAAUCCAACAGUUGGAAGAGGUACCUUUUGAAAUUUCAGUUUUGAUAUAUGUAAUGAGAUUGAACUGCGUACACUGUGUAUUCUGUCAUGUCCUACUUGCAAAAGUUCAAAACAUUUUCGUUGGUUGCUUCUCCGAUUAUUGCUGAUAACAAGUUUAACUUAGUUCGAGUAUUGUAUUGGCGAAUUGGAUUUUCCCCUGUUUUCUCGAACCCUAGAUUUUAUGGAACUAAAAAGGCUCCCCAAUCGGGAGAAUGUGGAAAUUCGACUACGGGUAGUGGAAACGGGCAUCGGAUUUCUCGAGCCAUUAGAAAGGAGGCUCAGGAUGCUUUGUUGGAGUAUUUGCAUUCUACUAGAGGGAUUCAGUUUAUGGAUGCUGAGAAUAUAAGUAAAAAUUCGCCAAUCUUUCUUGCAAAACUUCUGGGAAGAGUUGAAAAUGAGGGCGAGAUUGGGCGGUCGAUUACUCGGUUUUUGCGGUACCAUCCUAUUAAUGAAUUCGAACCUUUCUUUGAGAGUGUGGGGUUGCAACCUGCAGAGUAUAAUGAAUUUCUUCCGCGCGAGGUGAUGUUCUUGAGUGAUAAUGAUUUGUUGCUUGAGAACUAUCAUGUGUUGUGUAACUAUGGUAUUGAACGAAAUAAGAUAGGGAAGAUUUAUAAGGAGGCAACUCAGAUAUUUCGCUACGACUACGGUGUUUUGCUAUCGAAGUUAAAAGCGUAUGAAGAGCUCGGUCUUGACCAACCUACUGUUGUCCAAUUUGUUGUUUGUAGCCCCUAUCUAUUGGUUGGGGGUGUUAAAAAUGGGUUUGUCAAGGUAUUAGACAAAUUGAAGAACAUUGGAUUUGAACCAAGCUGGGUUGAAGAACAACUAUUGGAUGGUCAUUCCUAUAACUGGAAGCAAAUUCUUGGGCUUCUUUUCUGGUUUAAACACAUGGGUUGCAGUGAUGAGAAGUUGGCUGAUUUAAUCAGAUUACGUCCAGAUUUUUUAUUUGAGGAUUCAGGAAGUAAAUCACUUUCCUUAAUUGGAUUGUUACUAAAAAUGGGAUCCUCGAUGAUGCAGAUAUAUUCCGUGUUCCUGCAAUUCCCUCAAAUGCGAGUUGGUAAGUUCGUUUCAAAUAUAAGGCAAUGCCUUUUGUUCUUCAAUGAAAUCGACAUGGGUGUGCAACAGAUAGGAUACCUUUUCCGCUCUCAUCCCUUGUUAUUAGGAUCGUGUACUCUGAAAAAGACUAACAGCUUGCUCUCUAUCUUGAAUGUUGGAAAGAAACGGCUUCGUCAAAUUAUCUUUCAGAAUCCAGCAAAAUUGAAGAACUGGAGGCUUGGGACAAGAGUUCUGCCACUUCCAGACAAUGGGGAAGUUGAAAGAUCAAAGCAACAGAAAACUCAGUUCUUGUUGAAAUUAGGACUAGAAGAAAACUCCAGUAAGAUGAAAGAAGUGUUCAAGGUGUUUCGAGGGAAGGGAGAAGAGCUCCAAGAGCGGUUCGAUUGUAUUGUGGAAGCUGGCAUCGACGAGAAGGAUGUUCGCAGAAUUAUCAAAGUUUCUCCGCAAAUCCUUAACCAAUCAAAGGAUAUAAUAGAACUAAAGAUUGAUCUCCUUGUGAAUACUUUUGGGUAUCCUGUUUCGGCUCUAGUAAAUUUCUCUUCAUAUCUUUCGUAUUCCGCUCAGAGGGUCACUCUUAGGUUGUCAAUGUAUAGUUGGCUUAAGGAACAAGGAGCAGCCGACCCAACGUUAGCAUUGAGAACUGUUGUCGCGUGUUCGGAAAAUAGAUUCCUAAAACUGUAUGUGCAUCAUCAUCCCGAAGGCAUGGAUGUUUGGGAGAAUUUGAAGAGAGAAAUAUAUUCAGAUUCUUUGGCUUCUCCUGCUCAGUAGAGUAAUAUUAUUUGAACAUAUUCUUUGUACCAAUUGAUGACCAAUUGCUUCAUAGCUGUUUUGCUACAGUUCUUUCCACAAUUCAUGGAAUUGAGGGCUAAUGUUCUGUAAGGAUGAGCAAAAUUGGUACUUCUAUCAUGGAAAAGUUUGAUAUCAUCCAUUUUACUCGAGCUACUUGUCCUCGAUCAGAGAAACGAGAUUUUGGUGGUCUCUUGGGGCUUUGUAACACGACAUUGUUUUGUCGUUACUCGGGAUUCCAGCUUCGUUUAACACAGUACUUACCAAUCAAGCAAUUCGAGACAUUCUUUACUCGUUCAGAAAUCCUUUAAAGGUAUACCUUGUACGCUUUUGUGGCAAAGCAUUCGUAUCUCUCAUUCUAUCGACAAUCAAUUCUAUGAUCAAAUCAUUAGUAUUUAUGGUCAUUUUUCUGUUGUUACAUAUCGAUCAUAGUAUCGGACCUAUUGGUAUCCAGUGCCUAGCUUGUGUUUGAGGUGAACCAUUUCUAAAUACAUGUCUAAAUUUUCGCAAACACCUCAGGUUGUGUUAGAGGAUCUAUCUUCUCUCUUCAUGUGCAACUCUGUGACUGUUUUCUUUAUUUAACAUAAGAAGAAUUUGGAGUUUUUAGCCAA